UACGUAUUUUUGAAACAAAUGCAUGUAUUUUUGAAACAAAGAUUCGCGCCAUUGAUUUGCACCGAAGAUUAGUACCAUUGUGCACGAAUAUUGUCACCGAUAGGCAAAAGUUGUCUUUUAUGACUCCAUCCCUCCCAACACGCGCGAACACACGUGCCACGUACGCGCCCACGCCCAUUGAGAAACCGCUGGGCUAUUUGUGAGUCUGCACGAAAAUAACAAUCGGCGGAUCGGCGGCGUAAAAAAUGGAUUGAAAUUUGGUUACCGUCAAAUUUCCAUCUUAUGCAAUGUUUUCGCUACGAGUUUCGUUCUCCAGAUUUUUGCAUUGCUUUUUACACGUCCUUUGCUUCACUGUGCUGAUUUUGGGCGAAGUUGACAAGGCGUUUAUCGAUGUCAUCACCCAGAGUGAAGAAGGGCAAAACAGCUCUUUCGCGAACAUGGUUGGCAAGUUCGCUAGAAUUGGCGCUAUGAAACAAGUGGAGGGCGAGUUAAAGGAGAUGGAAACUUGUGAACCAGAAGAUUCUGAUCCAGAUCAGGAUGAUAAUGAACUUCAGAAUGAUGAAACACAAAACUGGAUUGGUGUGAUACACAUCCCUGUUCUAGAAUAUUACAACGCUCGAGGCUCCAAGUCUUGUUCUGUCUUAGAAAGGGUGAAGAAGGCAAUGUUCCUUGGUGCCUCGGCAAUAAUUAUCCUUACAUUGAAUCACUGGGUGUUUAGAAAGCUUGACUUGGCUCAGAUGUUUUCAAGACCUGUCAUUAUUGUAAAUGGAACAAGUAAUGUUUCUAAAUUAAAGGAUGCUCUCCAGAGAGGGAAGCAAAAACUGAGGGGAAAGAUUUCCUAUAAUUCUUCUCUGGUUGAAUUAAAGCUGUUGUCCACAUUAACACUAUGGGCUACCUGUGGUCGGCCCAGUGGAUGGGAAGGAGUUGUCUGCCUUGGAAAUCCUGAAAAGAGUUCUGAGGUGAAUAAGUUGAUAAAAUUCCUACAGCGUAGUAGUUUCUUAAUUUUUGCAUCAGGUAAAGGAAACAUGUCACAGCAUGAGACAUUUGUUCUAAGAGGAAAUACUCCCUCAUUUUGUGGAGUUAACUACAGGAAACUGAAUGUUCAAGUGUGGACGAAGAUGACUAACUAACCAGCUGCAAAAUGACAAAAUAUAGAAAGAAAUUUCAAUAUUGUACCUGACCUCAAUGAACUUCUCUGAGAACAAUAGCUUAACU